CAAUACCCACCUAGCGCAAUCCUUGAAUUUUACAAUUGUUGUACUUCUAACCAGAACGCGCCGACGUUAUCUUGUCUAAUAAUGCUAUCAAGUCCAGAGAAUCAAGUGGAUGUAGGAACCAUUGACUUUGCAACCUUUGUCUCAAUUAAUUCACAACAGUUCAGAUACAUUGUAAACAUGUUUACAAAUAGUGAGAAAGUUGAUGUUACUAUGAGGCCUUUACAAGUGAUGUUCCAAAGUCCGGAAAGUAUUAUGAUUCUUAACAAAGAGGAUAAACAAUGCAUAAUUGCUGGCAUUGAAGAAGGGGAAGAGCUUGGAUUCUCAAUCACACUCAGUCCCACGACAUUUUUUAAUGAUUUGACAUUGAUUGUGGAUAGGGUUUGGUUGCAUCUUACAACUACCGGUGUUAGUGUAAUCUGUGCCCCUAUUGACUUGAAUGUUCGAAUGGAGAUCUACUUCAAACCAAGCUUAGAAGUCGUUUGA